AUGAUGAUUACUCCAAUCCACCGCUUCAGAGAUAUUGAGAGGAAACCUGAAUACCUCCAGCCAGACAAGUGUGUUCCACCUCCUAGCCAUAGUUCCUUGGGAACAAUGUGGUUUAUUCGAGAUGGCUGUGGUAUUGCAUGUGCUGUUGUUACCUGGAUGCUUGUCUUCUAUGCAGACUUUGUAGUCCUUCUUGUUAUGUUAGUUCCAUCAAGAGACUAUAUUUAUAGUGUGAUCAAUGGGAUAUUGUUCAACAUGUUGGCUUUCCUGGCUUUGGCUUCACAUUUUCGAGCUAUGCUAUCAGAUCCGGGUGCUGUGCCCAAAGGUAACGCCACAAAAGAAUUCAUUGAGAGCUUACAGCUGAAGCCAGGACAGGUUGUUUAUAAGUGUCCAAAAUGCUGUAGCAUCAAACCAGACAGAGCACAUCACUGCAGUGUUUGCAAGAGGUGUAUUCGGAAAAUGGAUCAUCACUGUCCAUGGGUUAAUAACUGUGUAGGAGAGAAUAAUCAGAAGUACUUUGUACUGUUUACAAUGUAUAUAGCACUAAUUUCCAUGCAUGCCCUAAUCAUGGUGGGAUUUCACUUCCUGUAUUGCUUUGAAGAAGACUGGACAAAAUGCAGCUCCUUCUCUCCACCAACUACAGUGAUCCUUCUUAUCCUCUUGUGUUUUGAGGCUCUCUUGUUUCUCAUCUUCACAUCUGUAAUGUUUGGGACCCAGGUACACUCCAUCUGCACUGAUGAAACGGGAAUAGAACAAUUGAAAAAGGAAGAGAGAAGAUGGGCUAAAAAAACAAAAUGGAUGAACAUGAAAGCAGUAUUUGGCCAUCCGUUCUCUAUAGCAUGGCUUAGCCCAUUUGCUACUCCAGACCAAGGAAAGGCAGACCCAUACCAGUAUGUGGUCUGAAGAAUUUCCACUAAAAUAAAACCACAUUUCAGCACUACUGUUAUAUAAUUUUUAUAUGAAUGUUUAAAACAAAACAUAAAACAGAAACUCUUUUUAUGUCUAUUAAAGGCUGUUCGUUGCAGAGAAGAAAAAAAAGCCCUGUAUUCUGCAAUUUUAGAUAAUACUAUGUCUCUGGUGGCUGAAGUGUCUUCUUUUUUUCUGGUUUUUUUUUGUUUUUG